AAGCACAUCAAGCAAAUUUAUCAUCAGCAAAACAAUUCACAUCUCCAACAACAACAAAUCUCUAAAUCAGACAAAAAUGAAGGGUCUUGCCUUCGCUAUCCUCACUAUCGGCACAGCCAUGGUCAACGCCUGCGCGCACUACGGAUACUGCCGCUGCGGUAACCUUGAUGAUACAAAAACAAAAGAUGUCUGCGGCAAGCUUCAAGCUGAGGGAUCCGCAUCGUUACACACAUUUGAAGAUGGCCACAGUUACUGCCAGUAUGGAGAUACUACUGGCUUCAACAAUUGCGCUUUUAAACUUGCUUGCGCCAACGGUUACGACUCAGAUUGCUGGGAGAAAUGCCCUCAUUGUUAAGUACUUUAGCUAGGGCUAGGAUUUAGGGCUAGGGCUUAGGGCGGUUUAGGGCAUAAGUAGUUGUGAUGGUUUUGGGCCGUUGCCCCGCACAGGCCACCUGCCAGAUGCCUUAGCGUUGUUUUGAUGUUCGCGCACGAGCCACCUGUUUGGUGGCCCAUGCACACCCCCACUUAGAUAUAUUCCGCGCAGAGCUUCUUACAAGCUCUGCACUGCAAUUACUUUGUAAUUCAACACAGUUUCAAAUAC